GUGAUCCCUUAGCAAUACAGUAUAUUACCUUGUAAGUUGGAAAGUUUGUUGAAAUAAUUAUGAAAGUGAAACAAUAAUAGAAGAGGAAGAUCGGUAUCCUAAUGGUGAUGGUGGGAUUCAGGGAAUCUAUAAAUGUGAAGUCUAUUAUAAAAAGAGAAUGGGGGAGUUUACUGAUCAUUUGAAUUUGAGACUAGUGACUGUGACAAUGGUUGAUAGUUCUUUGUAUAAGUGGAAAUCAAUGUGCUCUGGACAAAAAUGAGCAUAUUAAGCGGCAGAUUCGCCGGAUCCUUAUCAUGCCGCGCCAGACAUUUGGUUAACAUGCGGCGGGCGAUGGAGACGUUGGUCACCGAAAUCGAGGAAUACCAGUUGUCUCGAUGCCGGCCGUACGACGAAAUUCCUGGACCGAAACCUAUUCCUCUCUUAGGCAACACAUGGCGGUUCAUUCCUUUCAUUGGCGACUUCAAGAUCCAGUCGAUAGACCAGGUGUCGAAGCGUCUGCACGAGGAAUACGGGGACAUCGUGAAGAUGGGGGGCCUGCUGGGGAGGCCCGACAUGGUUUUCAUUUACGACGCGAACGAAAUCGAGCGUAUCUUCAGGCAAGAGGAGAGGAUGCCGUACAGGCCGUCGAUGCCGUCCCUCAACUACUACAAGCACGUGCUCCGAAAGGAUUUCUUCCGUGGUAACGCGGGCGUGAUCGCAGUACACGGCGAGGACUGGUACAACUUCCGGAGCAAGGUGCAACAGGUGAUGCUGCAACCGCGGACGGCCAGAAUGUACAUUUCUUCCAUCGAAGAAGCGAGCUUGGCAUUCCUACAAAGGAUAGCGGCGAUACGGGACGAGCACGGCGAGGUGCCCGACGAUUUCCUCAACGAGGUUCACAAAUGGUCCCUCGAAUCCAUCGCACGUGUAGCACUGGACGUUCGACUGGGCUGCCUGGACGAGAAUGCCAACGCGGAGACGCAGGAGCUGAUAGACGCCGUCUGCACGUUCUUCGUCAACGUGGGAGUGCUGGAACUGAAGAUCCCAUUCUGGAAGCUGUUCAACACGCCCACCUGGCUGCAAUACGUGAACGCUUUGGACACUAUCGUCAACACGACUUCUAAGUACACUGCUGCUGCACUUGAGAGGAUACGCCAGGGGAAGGACAAUGCCAAUGAACCUUCCCUUUUGGAGAGGGUAUUGGGGCUUGAAAACGAUACCAAAUUAGCUACCAUCCUAUCCUUGGAUUUGUUCCUAGUUGGAAUUGAUACUACUUCUAACGCGGUGGCAUCAGUACUGUAUCAACUGGCUCUACACCCAGACAAGCAGAAUACAGCAUAUGAUGAAGUCUGCAACGUGCUUCCCAGUGAGAACAUGCUGAUCGAAGGGAAACACUUGGACCAAUUGAAAUACUUGAAAGCAUGCAUCAAAGAAACUCUGAGGAUGUACCCAGUUGUAAUUGGCAAUGGACGCUGCAUGACGAAAGACACGGUGAUCAACGGAUACCAAGUGCCCAAAGGAGUGCAAGUGGUGUUUCAGCAUUACGUGAUAAGCAAUUUGGACAAGUACUUUCCGCGAAGCAAGGAGUUCCUUCCAGAGAGAUGGCUGCAGGCGAGCGGCGUGCGUCACAGUUUCGCCUCGCUUCCUUUCGGAUAUGGCAGAAGAAUGUGCCUAGGCCGUCGAUUCGCUGAACUGGAAAUGCUGGUAGUCAUUAGCAAGAUACUUCAACGUUACAAGUUAGAAUAUCACCAUGAGAAGCUAGAGUAUUACAUCAACCCCAUGUACACGCCGAAGGGACCAUUAAAUUUGAAAUUCAUUGAUAGGUAACCGUAUUGAGGCAGCCGACAAUACACGGCACUUCAAUUAUUUAUUUGUAUAUGUACAAAAGUGUGAAAAGGAAUAAA